AUGUGCUCCUCCUCCUCAGACACCCGCAAGCCAACCCCGAACCAACUCUCCACCCACCUCCCCGGUCCCACCGCAUACCUCACCGGCCAUAAUGAGAAGACAGGGAAAGCCAUCGUCCACUCCUCCCGCCCCGUAGACUGGCAACGAUACGAUGAAGACAAAAUGGCCAUGAGCGUCGCAUACACAACCUCCUUCCCACCCGACCUCAACCAAAACCAAGACGUCCAAUCUCACGACUCCAAAAUGGAAGCGGCAGGCGGCAAACUCGGCCUAGUCUCAGGCGGUGGUACAGUCCUCCGCUACGUCGAUUUCGCGCCUCAGUACACCUGUAUGAUGCACCGGACGCAAUCAGUGGACUACGGCAUCGUGCUCGAGGGCACGAUCGUUUCGAUCCUGGAUGAUGGGGUGGAGCAGGUGAUGGGUAGAGGCGAUGUGAUGGUCCAGAGGGCGACGAUGCAUGCGUGGCGGAACCCGUCCAAGACGGAGUGGGCGAGGAUGAUCUUUUGUUUGCAGGAUUGUAAGCCCUUGACUGUUGGUGGGAAAAGGUUAGGUGAGGAUCUUGGACGAGGGACAGAGGGUAUUCCCGCUAGUGGGAAUGAUGCGUGA